AUGGGCGCAUGCCGGCUUGGCCACCUGUCGAUCGUGAACACUCUUUUGGCUGCCGGCGCCGAUGUCACCAUUCAAACUAAUAGCGGCGUCUCCGCGCUCAACAAAGCCGUUUGUAAUGGCCACAUUGACGUCAUUGGAGCCCUUUUCAGACAUGGGGCGGAUGUGAACGCUUGUGACGAUGAUGGUUGCACCCCACUUCACGUUGCUGCUCAAGAGGACCAGGCAGGAGCGAUUGAUGCGCUGAUGCAGGCAGGGGCCAACAUCGAGUGCUCCAGCGAGGGCGGUUCAUUGGCGCCCCUGUUCUUUGCGAUCAACCACUGCAGCCUCAAAAGCCAUGCAUACUCUCAUCCUGCCGCACGGCGCGUCCUUUACGGUGCAGGACACGGGCGGAAACACGCCGUUGCAUCGGGCGUGCUACUAUUACGUCGAAUACCGCCAAAAAAAUUGCUUCCGGCAGCCCUCCGGCGGUCCUCCGGGGGCCCCUACGCGGCGGGCGCCCUCCCGGAGGACCCUCCCGGGGGGGCCCUGUGCGGGGGGCGCCCUCCCGGGGGGCCCCUGCGGGGGGCUGGCUGCCGCAACACGCCUUCCGCGUCUUGUUGCGGCAAACUGCGGUUGCCGCACUUCAGGCCUGCGGCUUAA